AUGAUUAUUUAUUUUAGUUAAUCUCUAAAUUAGAAACAUAAAGAUUUCAAAUUUAAAUAAUUCAUGAAUAAUUAAUAUUAUUUUUAGAACUCUUUUGAGAAAUAAUUAUCAUAUAUUACGACUGGAUUAAUUUAAAAAAGAAAUUAUGAUUUCUUACUAGAAGAAGCAAUGAUAAAUUUUAUUUAUAAUUAUAUAAUGUAAAAAGAAGAUAUUUAAACAUAGUAAUUUUGA